UGUCCCUGUUCCACCAUUUUGACUCCCCCCUUUUUCUCUCUCCUACCCUCACACUCCAACUCCAACUCACCUUUUUCUCUCUCCUCCUUUUCCAACCCUUAUAUAAACUCCUUUCCUUAGACGCCAAACUCAUUCACACCGCGCAUUUCAAAACGUACCCCCCAUUUUCUUCAACUGUCAAAAAUCCAACAAAACACAGAAUGAAGGUGGAAAGAUCAUCACCAUCCCCCAAGUGUGGCGAUUGUGGUAAUUGCAGGAUGAUCUUCGUCGUCGAUAAUAAUAACAACAAUAAUAAUAAGCGUAAGUUGUACACCACUACUUCAAAGUUUCUCCUACCAAUUAAUCAAGGAAAAGAUGAUAAUGAUAUUGUUAAUGGAAUCUUGAAUGAUGAUCAUAUAAACCAAUUUUUGGUUCCACCAUUGAAUUUCUCCUUUGUCGAUAAUGGCGUCUUCCGUUCUGGUUUCCCCGAACCUCCCAAUUUCCCUUUCCUUCAAUCCUUAGGUCUUCGGUCUAUCAUAUAUUUGUGCCCGGAAGCAUAUCCAGAGACGAAUUUGGAGUUUAUCAAGAAGAAUGGAAUUAAGUUAUACAAGUUCGGGAUUGAAGGACACAAGGAGCCGUUUGUGAACAUCCCAGACAAAGCAAUACGUGAAGCCCUAAAAGUUGUACUAGAUGUAAGGAAUCAUCCAGUUUUGAUACAUUGCAAAAGAGGAAAGCACCGAACAGGAUGCCUGGUGGGAUGUUUAAGAAAAUUGGAAAAGUGGUGUUUGUCAUCCAUUUUCGAUGAAUAUCAAAGAUUUGCAGGUGGCAAAGCCAGAGUCUCGGAUCAACGAUUUAUAGAGUUGUUCGACACAGCUAGCUUCAACCAUCUUCCAAUUUCCUUUACAGCAGCUUCCAAGAUUAGGUAACUAAUAUUCAUCCACAUUUGAAUAUUCAUCCACAUUUCUGCUACCAAAUUAAAGGAAUAUUCGACAUUUCGAAGACGGACACCCUCCUCAAUCGAUCACCCUCCUCAAUCGAUCACCAUCGCCGGCCAUGUGGUAUUUUCCUAAGUUGCUCUUAGAAUUAUAUAUGUACUUGUUAAUUGUUUAGCUUAGAGUAAUACAAAGCAUUACGCUUCUUAUUUUCUAGUACUGAAAGGCAGAGAGAGUUGCCGGAAUUACAGAUUGACAACUCGUCAAUCUUUUCCAUUUAUCCAGUUAUUUUUACUAAUGCCUAA